CCGCGGGCACCCGGCCUCCGCGGGGGCGGCGGGCGGAGAGUAAAACCGGGCCCCGGCAGGGACGCGGGGCCGGAGCCGGUCCCGCCGCCGCCAGGGCAAGGAGAUGACAGGUGGAAAUGAAUCCUGUACUGCAGGACCAACAUCUAUGUCCUAUUUAACUUGCCUGACUUACAUUCUGGAAGAAUGGACUGGUGUGGAGGAUAUCGGAGAUUAUCUGAGUUACGUAUUCUACAUUCUAUGGUUGCUUUUUCCACUUGUAGUAGUCUUUGUACUUCCAGGAGUUAUUGUCAUUCUCUUCUAUGUUUCCAUCCUCUGGCUUCAUAUUUAUAAAAGGAAGAAUGAAAUAAAGGAAGCUUAUUCCCAUGAUGUUUGGAUAGGUGCAAGAGAAAUGUUGGCAACCAUAUGGGAUGGACAUGGGAGAAUAUGGCAUGGUUAUGAGCUGCAUGGUGUUGAAAAUAUUCCUCAAGGACCAGGACUUGUUGUGUUUUAUCAUGGAGCUACUCCCGUUGACUAUAUCUAUUUCUCAGCUAGACUUCAUGUAAUGAAGAAGAGGUGCUGCAGCGUAGUAGCUGAUCAUUUUGUCUUUAGAUUACCAGGUUUUAGAAUACUACUUGAGGUAUUGGGAGUUAUACAUGGACCAAAAGAAGCUUGUGUCAGGACUCUGGAGAAGGGCCAUCUGUUAGCCAUUGCCCCAGGUGGAGUUCGGGAAGCACUCUUCAGUGAUGAAAUGUACACUAUUUUGUGGAGUGAUCGCAAGGGCUUUGCCCAGGUGGCCAUUGAUGCAAAAGUGCCCAUCAUUCCUAUGUUUACACAAAAUGUCCGAGAAGGCUUUAGGACAUUAGGAGGAAUAAAAAUACUUAGGUCACUAUAUGAGCGUACUAGAUUGCCAGUAGUUCCUCUGUACGGGGGGUUUCCUGUCAAGCUUCGUACAUUUAUUGGAGAACCCAUUCCAUAUGAACCAAAUAUGACUGCUGAGGAACUAGCUGCAAAGACAAAAGCAGCAGUCCAAGCUCUCAUAGAAAAACAUCAGAAAAUACCAGGAAAUAUAUUUAGGGCUCUAAUGGAACGAUUUCAAACACAAAAGAAAGACGAUUAAGGUCUUCUGGACUUAAACUUCUAUAACUACUAUUUAGUUAUAAUAUUCUUAAAGUCACAUUUGUAAAUUAUUAAUUCUUCUAAUAAUAGGUUUUAAAUACUGUCCUAAUGAUACUGCUGUAAAAUUCACUUACCCUUGCCCUUUCCCCUGUCCAGUAUCAAGCUCAGGAACCCAAACAUCAAAUCAUUCAUAAUGGGGCAAAGUUUAAUUUUUGAUAAAUGCAUUCCUACCUUGGAAGUGUCUGGGUUGUUGAUUUUGUUUUUUUGUUUGUUUGUUUUUUGGUUUGUUGUUUUUUUUUUUUUUUUNUUUUUUUUUUUUUUUUUUUCCCAAAUAAUACUUGCAAGCCUUUAUGUAUAUGGUCUGUCUUCCUUUUGGUCUGUUAUUGUCUCCCAUCCCUAACAUUAUGGAUCUCUAACCUGAAUGUCAAACCCUGUGCAGAGCUGGAGUCUUAAUGUUUUGACCAUCAUCAUUGCAAGAAGGUUUUGUGGGCCAGAUGAAUGCCAUACAACAUUAUGAGAACUUUGCUGAGAUUGUUACUCUCACACUGCUGGGAAGCAGUCCACCACUUUUGGCCUGUAGAACCUCUAGCAGUGCCUGCAAAACCUAUGUUGCAAAGUGUUUAGUUUUGCUGGGUGAGCUCAGAAAGGGUUCAGAGGAAUGAAAAUUGAUUAGAGAACUACAGUGAUCCAAGGAGGUUUGUUAUGGAAACCACUCUGAUGCUGUGGAUGGGAACCCUACAACACAACUGCUAUUGCAAGCCAAGGCAUAUUGGAUAUCUGCCCAUGAGUAGAGACUUAUCCCAUUUAUUUCUCAAUUAAUCUACAAAUUCUCUUUUGAAACAAUGAGCCAAGCAUUCGAACAUCAAGAAGUAAAAAUGAGAAUACUGUUUAGUAAUAUGAGCUCAAAAAUCUUUAUUUUGAUGGAAAGAGAAAAUUGUUACAACACUGUAAAAGCGGUAGCUCUUUUGAAAAACAGAAUUGGCAUUCCCAAAUACCUUUAAGAUUUAGUAUAUGGAUAAACUAUUAAAUGUAUUCUUUGAACAGUUAUUUAUGUCAGUUAAAUAAUGAAGGAGAGGGAGUUCUGUAUACUUAAGUGGAAAUAAUUGAAUCAACAGGAGAGAAAUGUAAGAUUGGGCUUUUGUGCACUUCCAGCAAAUUAUAUUUUUUUCUUAGCUAAAGCCUAUGAUUUUAUUUGCCAUAUAGGAAAUAUCUGAAAUAUUUCUUCUAAUUUCCAGGAAUUUUGGUCUACAGUUCUUAAAUUAACAUCUGGGAACUUUUUAGUUUUGGGAUGAGGACAAACUCCUUCAGAAAAAAGAGGUUUUUGCUAUAUGAUGUGGUUGCCUUUCAAUAUUGUUGGGGUGUGACCUUUUCUUAAAAAAAAUACACCUUCCCGAAAAAUACCCAGUAGCCAACAUUUGAAGGAGCAGUUAUAUUUGAUAUAGUAGUAAUUCCUCUCACCAUUUAAGCACAUACUUUGCUUUAUGCUCUUUUAAAUGUGUAAAUUAGUGUUAUUGCAUAACUGCAUGUGGGUGAUGCCCUAUGUUAGAGAAAUAUCACUUUAUGGGAAAUUGUCUGUCAAAUGUGGUUCACAGGAAGCAAAAGGCUUACUUAAUGAUAUUAUUUUUUACCAAAAACAUUUUACGUGGUGUUAAAUUUUUUAAAGCUUUGGAAAGUGUCAUGGUAUCUAAAAACAAAUGCCCAUUCUGAAGUUUUUUCAAUGACUUGGGUUUUACUUGAAGGCAAGAUUGUGUUCCUUUUAAUUUAUUGGACUGUGUUUCAAAAAUACUGUUAACACAGCAUAUCAUUAAAAAUGAUAAUGCUAAAUUCCUGCAUUGAAAUAUAACUUAAGUAUGCUUUUUUUGAUGUCCAUCUUGAUAAAAAUGUACAUCAGUCUGUGUUGUGAACAUCUCAAAGCUGAACAUAUUUUGUGUUGAGUUUGCAUGUAUGUAAAAGAGAGCUCAAUCUAAAAGGUUCUAUUAGACCUGGACAGACAUUGUUAUCAGAGAUUUUGUAAAAUUUAUUAAGUGUGUGGAUUAUUUGCUGCAGUUUUGUCCCUUUAUGUAUUAAAAGAUCAGUAUAAAAAAUGAAGGACAGUAUUGGUACUCUCUUAAGUGUUCAUAUUUGUAGAGGCCUUUCAUAUUUAUUUCUAUAUAUUAAAAAUAUAUAAAUGACACCUUUUGAAUAAAAUUGACAACUGGAACAGA